AGAUUGCCCUACAUGGUCACAAGAUUUCGCAAUACUCCCAAGCGCCGCUUUACCAAACAAUAACACCUCAACCUGCGCGUAUAUUCCAUAAACAAAGAGGACAUUAUCCUUUAUUAACUCAAGUGGAUAACUUAUAAGCCUCGAACAUUUCCACGGUACACAGCUGCACUUUGUGGCAUUCAGUGUCUCACAAGUCUCUAACACCAGCCCCGCUCUGCGAAGCCCGACAGCAUAGGUCGGAGAGAGAGAGAGAGAGACAGUGGCAGAUAGUGGCAGUGGAUCCAAAUGAGCAAGCAGCUGCAACAGAAGAUAUCCAACACAGAUCAGAACGGUGUCAGUGUCAUACAGAAUCAGCCACAUAACAGUGCCGUAAACACUGCAGGAACAGCAGGGCUACAGCAGGUUCCUCAGUUAAUCCCAGAGAGUCCCGGAGGUGGGGGUAAGGCCACACCACCCAGCAAGAUGAAGAAGUCCAGUAUGGAUAAAGAGAGCGACGAGUACCGCCAACGGAGAGAACGCAACAACCUGGCAGUAAAGAAGAGUCGCAUGCGUAGUAAGCAGAAGGCACAGGACACCCAGCAACGUGUCAAUGAGCUGAAGGAGGAGAAUGAAAGACUGGAGGCCAAAAUUAAAUUGCUCAGCAAAGAACUGAGUGUGCUCAAAGACCUUUUUCUAGAGCAUGCUCAUAACCUUGCGGAUAACGUGCAGCCCCCUGCCUCUGGUGGAGGCCCCGGAGAUCUCUGCAACAACAACAACAACAACAGUGGCAGUAAUGGCAGCAGCCAGUGAGCACCUAUUUUUGGUAUACAGUGUGCUAUAGAGAGGCCCUCUAAGCAAAGCAUUUUACUUAAUCGUAUUGCGCUUUCUUUUCUCCCUGUAUCUCAAAUGUGUACUGUCCGCAGUGUUUAACUUUUGUGUCAUCUUUUUGUAUACUCCAAUUCGGUUUUGAUCUCACAUGUAUUGUCUCAUGCUGAGACUGAUUAUGUCAUCACCAUAGCAACUACAGAAUAUCCAACCCACACUCUGAUUUGAUGUGUUGGAGAUAAGAUUUAUGGCCAGCUUUCAAUUUUAAAGCAUGAUACUUGACAUUUUUUCCAGUUUAGAGGAUUGUAAAGAGUUCUCAGUAGAGAAUUCUGAAAUAUGAACAAAGCUGGUCUCGAAGAAUGAAGAUGGAAUGGUAUGUAAAACAAUAUGUAUGUUCCAUAACUGUUCUGUAGGUUCAAAAAUGAAAGUAACAAAACUUCCACAAAAAAAAACACAAUAUGAAAUAAUCGACAAUACAAUACAAUCAUUUAUUAUUUGGAGUCAGGGCUUUCUCAAAAUCCCUCAAAACAUUUUCCUUGAAGUCAAGUAACUACUAUUUUGUAUUCUUGCUGUUUUGCAACUUGGCCUUUUUUGACUUAAAUUCUUAUUUGUUUAACAUGUCUUUUAGGAAUAGCAAAUAUACUGUUGUAUCAAUGGCAACAGACUACAGACCGUGUUGCAUCAGACUCCAGACAGUGUCUGCAUUACUGGUAGACCUUAAAUCCCAACUAUUAAGCCUCCAAUUCUGACAAGGGUGGAGGAGGACAAAUAGACUAGAAUGUUAGCUCUAGCCUGACUAUUAUGGUGUUGGUAGCUAAAUUAACAUGUAUUUCAUCACAGUAGCUCUUGUGUCUGUGUAAAUACUGAUGAAGGUGCAGAUCAGAUUAGAAUAAGUACAUGCCUAAACUGGUGUUUAUUUAAAAAAUGUAAUUGCAUCACUGAUCUGUCACCUGACUUUAGACUAGAUUUUGCCCCAAAUUUGUUGAUAAGUUAAAUAAAUUAUUAUUUAUAUUGCAUAAUACAUACUCAUCAUAAAGUUUUGAAGAUGUCCCAUUGCUUGCUGAUUUUUCAUCAUAUCUCACAGCAUAACAUUUUGGAUUUUUUUCCAUUACCAGUCUGUAAAAGCAGGACGUGUGGAGUUUAUAUCUGCAGUAGCAGAUGUUACUUAAGGUUAUCAGAGUAGGUCGGUAAUGUAGUCAAAUGACCAUUGCCCUCAUUGAUUCUCAUAGAGCUGUGUGUCCUCAGUCACUGUAGAUAGACUUUUGUACCUCAGGCUAUAUGUCAUAGCCUCACCAGACAGCCUUUAAGAUCUAUAUUUAAGAGAAAAAUAAAAAGGGCGGGGGAAAAGGGUUAUGAAAAGACAAGAUGAUCUUGUUAGAUGUCUGAAGCAGCUUUAUUUCUAUUUUGUAUUUUCAUUUUCUAUAUUUGAAGUUUUGAACAUUAAAAAAGCAUGACAGGUAAUGCAUGAUUAGUACUAUUUUAAACUAAAAAGUUAUGUUCUGUGUAAUAAAGGAGCAGCAAAUCCACACCUGCAUACUUAAAGUUUUGUAAUGAAGUUCCAAACGUAAUUUCGGGAGGCGCUUGUCGAUCUAGGCCUGCCAAUCAUAUCCCAAGGAUAUAUAUAAGCAGCUGCUUCCCUCACACUGGUGAUGAUUCAUCUGGUAUCCCUCCACCUCCCCUCUCCACCUUUAUGUUUUAUAAUGCCUAUACUAAUUAUUAUUUAAAAAUUGUCUUUCUAUUUCUUGCUGUAGUCAGAUAGUCCAGGAGGAUCUCCGAGCUCUUAAAGUCCUGUGCUCAAGCCCCCUACAUUAUGAACAGCACGCCAAAUCCAUUUACCUUGAUGCGCUCCACGACUAUGAACCAGUGAACUCGUUAAUUGUAGUGUAAGGCUGGGCUGAAAUAAAGCAAUUGAGUAAAACUUCUCACAAAACGGGACUAAAGUCAAUAUUUCAUGAAUAUUUGAUUGGCAUAUUUUGCGUAAGUAUGAGGGUUGCUGGGCAACUUGCUUUUUUACCUGAUGUAUACUGGGGGUUUUUUGUGCAUUGUAAAUUAAAAUUGAAUUACGAACUGCAUUCCUUGUGUUUGUAUUAA